CAUUUGUUUCAGCCUUGGCCAGGGGCAGGUAUUUGUCCCAGCUUUCCUGUGUAAUCGACCAUCAGAACAGUCCCCUGACCCGGUGUUCCCUGCAGUGACCAGUUGGGUAUUCCUGGGGCAUAGUGGGGGAGAGGGUCAGGCAGACCUGCCAAGGAGGCAGAGAAGCCUCCUUGUUAUCCAGUACUGCAUUCCCAAAGGCGCUCCCAGUGUCCUCAUCACUGUUACCGAUCCAUUACCCUCUGCUGUCCGGGGACAAGAAUCUGGGAUAAGUGGUAAGCACUUGCAAAUUGAAUUUUAAUGAAAGCUGUAAGGUUGCUUCCAUAACCCGGAUUUGUUUGCACUAUUCCUUUAAAAUCAGAUAUUUGUAAAACCCUAAAGAUGUGACCUCUUGGUAGAUGGUUAAAGAGCAUUUUUGAGCAAGCUUUUCCCUUUUACUCCUCCUAUUUUCCCUACAGUCAAUUGCUUCAGCAGACAUGGAUUUGAAUCAGCUGGAGGCUUUUCUCACCGCCCAAACCAAAAAACAAGGUGGCAUCACAUCAGAUCAAGCUGCAGUCAUUGCAAAAUUUUGGAAGAACCACCGAAUAAAGAUCCACGAGAGCCUGAUCAAUCAAAGCCGUUGGGAUAAUGUCUUGAAAAACAUGAACUGGCGAGUGGAUCUGAAGUCACAGUCAAGACACGUUGAUCAGAUAAACACUCCUGUUGCAAUAGUUGAAAUGGAACUGGGAAAAAAUGGGCAGGUUUGCUGUCGUGGUUGCUCAUGUGUGAUGGAAGCCGACCACAAGGCCGUGAACAACUUGAAAAGAGAAUAGGCUCUUUAAAAAAAACAAUAUUGCAGAAUUAAAAUACAGAAUAUUUGUCAUAUCCUUAAAAAUGUUACCGGUUAGAAUCCAGAUCUCCCUCUGGAUAGAGCCUGACGAGUGCCUUGGAGAGAGCUUCAAAAGAGCCCAGUUGGGUCCCAGCCCAACCCCGCAGCCCUAGGAGCCAGCCACCUCUGCCCCUCUCAGACAGGGCCCCUCUCCUCACCCCGGUUUUGGAGACCCUGGUGCUCAUGCCAGCCCCGAGCCCCGGUGGCAAAACACUCGCUGUGGCCCCACCACCACCACCACCACUUUGACAUCCCGUGGGCUGAGCGGGGUUUCGCUCUGGUGGCAGCCGCAAAAGCUUCGCCAAACUGUUGGGAGCGUCUUGAAAAAAAAUCCCACGCGCUGUGUCAGCUUAGUUUUCUUCGCCACCCAGAAACAGCCAGCUUGGAUGUCAGCACCCUUCCAGACACAGGGCUGGUUUUAAUCGGAGUCGCCUUUCCCCAGCUGGCACUGGGAGAGUCCGAGGGAAAUCACGCAGCAGAGCCUCAUCCAGGAGAUGCCUGAAGUUAACACGGUUUAAAAAAUCUAAGUGACAUGUGAGGACUGGCAGUUUUCCCACAGCUGGGAUUUUGCGGGUGCUUAAAACAGCAUCUGCUAAAAAAUAAAAGCAAAAUGGAAGCGGUUCA